CAGAGUGGACACUAGGGUUUUCAAUUCUCGGUUUUGGCCAUUCGGUCAGACGAAUCUCGAAGGUGAAGUGCCGAAGAAAAACUUCUAUUCGCUGCUGGGUAUAUCUUGGUUCAUUUUCUUCGUUGCUCUUCGCGGUGCCGUGUGGGUAUGCCCUUUUCGGUUCCUAUAUUUUCCCUUUCUGCGAGAUCUGUAUCUGAAGGACUCCUUCAGGCUUAUCUAGUACCGAAUUAGAGUCUGUCACUGUAGCUUUCAUCCACUACUCGUCUUCGGCUUUCAGGUGGUUUACUGUUAGGUUUUCACUCUCGACAAAUUUGAUCGGCAGGAGAAGCAAAAUGCAGGCAUCUAGGGCAAGGCUUUUCAAGGAGUACAAAGAGGUGCAGCGGGAAAAAAUGGCUGAUCCAGAUAUUCAAUUAGUUUGUGAUGAUUCCAACAUAUUCAAAUGGACUGCUCUUAUCAAGGGCCCGUCAGAGACUCCCUAUGAGGGUGGCAUCUUCCAGCUUGCUUUUGCUGUUCCUGAGCAGUAUCCUUUGCAACCUCCUCAAGUGAGGUUCUUAACAAAAAUUUUUCAUCCAAACGUUCAUUUUAAGACAGGAGAGAUUUGCCUUGAUAUUUUGAAGAAUGCAUGGAGCCCUGCGUGGACACUCCAAUCUGUUUGUAGGGCUAUUAUUGCUUUGAUGGCCCACCCAGAACCUGAUAGCCCAUUAAAUUGUGAUUCAGGUAACCUUUUGCGUUCUGGCGAUAUUAGAGGGUACCAAUCCAUGGCAAGGAUGUAUACUAGGCUUGCAGCCAUGCCCAAGAAAGGCUGAAUUGUAUGUGUGCUGUAUACUCUGGAUUUUGUGUCUGCAUUCAUAAUGUUGUCAAAUGUUGUUGGUGGUAUGCAAAGAUGUUAUGCAAAAACAUAAUCCAAGUCAGAGAAUGUCAACUUUUUUUUUUUUCUGUCAUUUACUUGGAACAUGGAGCGUGCUUACAAAUUACAAUAGUCCGUGUUGUUUACUUAUAUAAAAAAAAGACAAUAGUCCGUGUUGUCAUGAUGAAGAUAAAUGUUGAUUUCCUUCCAUCAGUUGGUCUGGACGAUAGUAUGAAUUGGUUUUAUGCAAGUAGUCGUUGUGAGGA